AUGGAAGGAGAUCUGUGGGAAGGAGGACACGGCGGCGGCGGAGGCGACGAUGCGGAGGUCAUGGCCGGGCUCAGCACUGUGCUGGUGGCCACGAUCCAGGAGGUGAAGGACCGGAUCUCCCACAUCGAGUUCAUCUUCUGCAGCCAGCUCUUCCCGAGGAUCAGAUCUCGGUCGCGGAGGCUUCAGAAGCAGAUCUCCGUCGAGGAGGAUUGGAGGAGGAAGGAGGCCUCCCUGCUGCGCCAGGUCGAGGAGUUCCGCCUCCAGAAGGAGAAGGCGGAGGAGGAAACGAUGCGCAUGGCCGUUUCUCUGGAGCGGGAGAAGGCAGAGAAGGCGGAGAUGGCGCGGAUUCUGGCGAAGCUGGAGAGCGCCGAGAGGAUCAGCGAGACGGCCAUCGCCGACGUGAGGGAGGAGUGCAGGCAGUUGCAGGAGAAGUUGCAGCGGCAGAUCGAUCAGAAAGAUCUCGAGCUCUCGGAGGAGACCUUCAGGCGGAAGCAGCUUGCCAAGAGUUGGACCAAGUUGGAGGAGAGAUACAAGCACUUGAAGUCUCAGUACAGGUUCCUGCUCCGAAAGGCCGGUCUCGUGGCGGAGAUCAGUGAUGGCACGGACGGCGAGAGGGGCUCGCCAAUGUCUCUCCCUCACAAGCGGAAGACUCCCCAAGGCAAGCUCCAUUUCGAAUCCUCCCCCAAUACCUCAGAAUUCUCCUUCGCUUCUGUUGGAUGAAUAUCGCGCGAAUCGUCUGGUGCCUGUAGAUCCGAAGACCAUCAGAGAUCCGAGGUCCACUCCAGUGGCUCCGAUGGCAGAGGAAGAGUCAGGGGUUCUCCCCGCUCGCGGCGGCUCAAUUCGUUCUCGGCGUUCCACGGGGAGCAUGGAGCCCGCUCGGGCGGCGGGACCGAGGUCGACUCGUUCGCCGUGGGUGGACACUCGCGGGCGCCGGGAAGCUGGAGGGGUGGAUCCUCACGACGAUUUUCUGGACACUCCCAUGGAGGCCGUCAGAGGAAGAAGAUCGGGGCAGUCGCCUGGGGAUGAACCGUCGUCCCAUGAAUCAGAGGGCGAGAUAAAGGAGAUGGACGCCGCCGCAGCGGCGGAGACUUCGAUCCAGAAGCCGCACGGAGGAGUAUGGGGGUUCUUUAAGUACGUGGAGCCCGUGAGGAAGAAGGCGGAGCGGGAGAAUCUCAAGGGCGUGGAGUGCAGGCAGUGCGAGAAGUUCUACGACGCCGUGCUUCCCGGCGGCAGGGACGGGAGGAGCAGCGCCGGCGACGUCCGCUGCGAGCACCACGAAGGCGUCUCGAGGCACCGCUACAGGCACGCCCCUCCCAUGACCCCCGAAGGAUUCUGGAAUAUCGGGUUCGAUUCUGAGACGUGA